GAUGAUCGCCGGACGGACACCCCUCCAAUGGUUUGAAAGCACAACCACUCGACUUUGCUUUGGACGUGGGCGAUACCAAAACACAACGUACCUCAUGUUCGCGUGCUUAUUUACAAUAUUCGAAAACACUGACUGAAAUCUAACGGCUUACAUUAUUUAUUAGCAGAUAAUAGUGUUCUGUGAAUAACAGUGACAUUCGGUGAAAAAUAUCAGAUUGGAUUGUGUUUUAAAAUUGAUAUUAUUGAAUUUUCGUGAAAAUGACGGCCUCUACGAUGAUUGAACUGGAGUCCUGGAUUAUCUACCAAUGUGUCCUGAACGAGUGCCAUGUGUCUAGCUGAGGUGACGACGAUUCUCGUUGAUAUACGUCGAAGUUUACUUUUGACUUGUCUCCAUGGUUUCUACCUCAAUGGAGGGCGGCGCGUGGUGCGCCCGCGACAUAUCGCUGCGCGCGCAGAAGAAGUUCCUGUCGCGCGUGGGUGGCUCGGCCAGCGCGCGCGCACUUGUGCUAGACGAGCAUGCUGCCAAGCUCCUCGACCAGUUCCUGUGCGUGCUGCGGUCGCGCGUGGAGAAGCGCGAAGCGGAGAAGAUGGUGAAGCACGUGAUCAAAGCGGCGGUGAAGCUCGGCGUGCUGCGGCGGCACUCUCAGCUCCUGUCGGCCGACGACCGCGCGCUCGACGCCUUCCGGGCCAAGUUCCACACCGUGCUGAUGGCGGUGGUAUCUUUCUGCGAAGUGGAGUUCUCCUAUGAUCGCGAGUUCCUUCAAGACGCUCUUCGUGAGUCCCAUCAAUCGCUAAAAUCCGUGGUGGAACGCCACCUCUCCGACAAGUCCGUGUCUCGACUCGCGGGGGUAUUCGCACUCGUCUCCCGCGCUGACCUACUCGACUCGCUAUUCGCUGGACAAGUCGAUGAGGAUGUCCUCAAACUAGCACGCAUGCUUCGCAAGGAACUCGAUCGCGGCCUCCUAUAAUCCAACCGUCCCAAAGGUCUGUGUCCAAUUUUCCGCGGGAUUAUUCCCGAAUAGUCGUUUCUUCAGACGACUGGGAUCACGUUAUCCCCACAAAUGGGGAUUUGGUUUUAUAUAAGGCGAGUUUUUUGCACUGUAGUGUAUUGCGAGUGGAGUUCGCUGUUUAGCGAAUGGUUCUAUAGUUUUAACACUUUUCGUACGAGUUUGAGUAUUUCUUAAAGAUUUCAGUCUGUAGGACAAAUGGGAACUACCAAAUUGGUGUGUUUAAGAACCAAUUGUAGCAGCUUACUUCACAUCGAAGAAAUGACAUUUGCCACACUGAAUAGAUCUUGCUUUAGCCUAAUCUCACUAAUUUAAUAUUAUUUUUUACACGAGUUCUUAAGCAAUUUAUGUUUUUAAUUAAUUCUUAUACUCACUGAUUGAAUUAAGUGUAAUUUAGAGCGAAAAAUAAUUAUAAACUGGAACUUGAAUUACUAUUUUUGCCAUUAAUUGCCUUUUCAACAUUAGGACGAAAUUAUGAGUGCAUUUAUUCAGUAGCGUGCCUAGGGUUUUGGAGUAGGGCAAGCCGAAAGAUAUGUUUUCGUAAUAACUGUCCAAUCUUCACUCUUCGGGGUCAAAUGCAUCUGCUAGCGUGACGAGGCGAGCUAAUCAUAGCGCACGUCUGCUACGGAAUGAAUAAUGUCAUUUUGUAUUUUGUUAGACAAAUAGCUCGAGCUUGGUUUGUCGCUUUGAACAUGUUUUUCUAGAACGCCGUCAUAUUUUGAUAGCAACGAUACAAGUUCCAAAAAAUUGCCCCUAUUUAAUGAAGUGUUUGACUCAUCGUGUCCUCUGAAAGGAAGUUCUUGCUGUGCUAAAUGGCACACAAUAUCGACUAACCUCUGAAAAACACUACGAUUGUUGUCAACACGCAUGUUAUGUUUUGAUAUUUCUUCUGAUAAUUGUCGCGACAAAGAGGCCUCGAUCCUUUGUUUCCCAAAAUUGCUAAAAGAAAUCACUGCACACAUAUGUUUACCGGAAUUCAUGUGCCUCUUUAUUGCUCCAGAUAAAUUAUUUAAAUCGUUAUAGCCAGAAGUAUUCCAAACGUUAAUAUCGUUCGAAAAAAAUAUGCAACACCAGCAAUACAUCUUAUUUGUAUGGGAACAACCAACAAUCCAAUGAGUUUUGUAGACGGCCCUACAGAAAUUUCUCUUACGCGACUGACUUGACUGAGAAAUACACAAGUCGGGUGUUGGUUUUGCCGCGGAAAUUAGGUCCCGUUUUUCGACAAAGGUCAAACAAAGACUUUACCUUGUUUUGGUUGACUAAAACGUGGACGCAUUUCAAACCGUCACAAGGAACCACUUCUUGAUCCAUUGUUAACACUUAUUAAACUAAGCGCCACAACAAUGAACAAAUUCACAUUCACUAUUUAAUCAAAUUCACUUCAACAAACUUUCGUUACUUUCGACUCGACCACUGACUCGGCUCAACUAAAUAAUAAUACACUUGAAGUAAACGCGAACGCGCGCUGUGCGAACUUAUGCAGCUAACUUCACACAAAAUCCAAGCAUAAAUCGUCUUAUAAAAUUGCUAUACAUACCAACAAAUAGUUACAUCGUUCUUUGACGGUUUGUAGGCUGAUAGUGCCCAGAGCGGGACGAAAAAGCAAGCACGGUUGCAAGCCAACGAGUGCGAGUUCGA